GAAAGCUUUAUAUACUCAGUACACACACAUGCCACUGAAACUUUCAGAUAACCCCCACAAAAAAAAGCAUUAUGUGUCCUCAGCUUCUAGUAGAGGUAUUUCAUGCUCCAGACGAACUGCUGCAACUGUGUCCUUUGAGGGGUGAAACACAGGAGGGAGGGGACAUUAUCACUGACUCAUGACAAGACUGAGGAGCCUAGUCACCGCUGACAGAAUAGAGUUCACUGGGAUGUGAGAGGAGCGGUCUUCAGGGAACAGAUGCAACAGUCCAGUCACAAACAGCCUCAGACAACUGCUCGCUAUUUACCAUUGUAGGCUCAAAAGUUAUAAAUUACAACUAAUUAGUCUGCUAGAUAUUUCAGGCCAGCAAGAGGUAACAGCCUCCAAUUCCACACCCAUCACCCCAUGCCCAAGUCUCAUGGGAUCACUGAAUGCUUAAUGGGUGCCAGAGAGGCAGGAGUGGUAUAAAAAGCCCCUCAGAGAGCUUUGUGUCUCUCGUCAUUCUCAGCGUUGCUGAACAUUUCCCUGACCCAUGAUGAGAUUUUAACUGCAUAAAUUUAAGUAAGUCAACCCCAUUAGUUCAGAAGUUACUUGCUGAGCUGCAGUUUUUUUUUUAACAUUUCAAAAGAGUUUUUUCUGUGCCAUUUAAUUUAAGAAACAUGAGCGUACAGACAAAAACAGAGCUGUCAUGUGGAAGGGAUGUCCCCUGGUACCCCCAGAGAAAACUGUGGCAGUCCGGCCGUCUUUUCAGUCAGGAUGUUGGCCUGCUGCCUUUCCUGGAGCCUCGAGACCCUCGGUGGAUGGAUGUGGAGUGGCUCCAGAGGAGUUUGGCAGCCACUUACUGGCCGGGGUACAUACCCGCACCAAUGUUUGUGCCCUACAUCUCUGCUUCGAUGCAUCAUCCAGAACAGACCAUGAGUAAGGAGCAGUACAAGUGGAGGGUCAGCCUGGACGUGGCUCACUUCUCCCCCUGUGAGAUUAGUCUCAGUGUCACUGACGGAUUCCUGCAGGUUGAAGGGAAACACGAGGAGAGGCCAGACGAGCAUGGAUUUAUUGCCAGAUGUUUCACAAGGAAAUACAGGCUCCCAGCUGAGAUUGAUGUUUCCAAAAUAGCAUCCACUCUCUCUGUUGAUGGUAUCCUGACUGUGGAAGCUCCAGUUCCUGAAUCCUCUGUUCCUACUGCUAUCAUCAUUCCCAUAAAGGUGACUGCUUCUAAAAAACGUAUUUAGAUUUUUAACCCUCUGAGACCUGGGCUUUCAUUUGUUAUGCAUUUUUGAUAAAGCUGAUUGAGAUUACUGGGACCUGGUAAGUAUAAAAACUUAAUAUACUGCUGUGUGGCCUUCAGCACAACAAAUACACUUAAAAAUCAGAAACUUUUUCAUUAAAGAGUUUAAGUUAACACUCUAAACACAGAGUGCAUCAUAGAUGUAGAGAAUAUGAUGCUGUCUCUUACCAAGUAAUUCAAAAGACAUGUUGGGUCAAUGAGUGGAAACAUUUAUCCAGACUUUUAUAACAUAUGGACAACAUUCUGAUUGUUUUCUGAUAAGUUUAUUAUGGUAUCCUCCUUGUUGAUUAAUAGAAAUGGCUCAGUGUAGAACAUUGCAGCUUGUUAGCUUUAGCAUCAGAGCUCAAAAUCCAUGUAUUUGUAGCGUUGCACGCUAGUGAACCUGAUUAUUAUCCCCUAUUCUUUGAUGUGAUACCAACUGUAUCUAUGGGGACAGUUGUUCAUCCUAUUGCUGGCUUAGAGGUAGCAACUUUCAAACAGAGGUAGCCACAGCACUGGUAAAUACUGUCCUUUAUUGUCUAUUUCAUCUAAAGAGAAAUAUGAUAGGGUGAAUUUAAACAUUUAAACUAAGGAGGAUAUACUCAUUGCUUAACUGUUAACGAUGAUUUCAAAUCAUCCAAGAGAAUUUAUUAUCUUGUGAGUUCUUGUAAAAUUUACAUUUCAAAGCAGAUGGAUUUGCCUGAUGGCAGUCAGGCAAAUCCAUUGAAGUUUAGCUGGGAUGUAGCUAAAGUAAAGUGGCAGUUUUAUCAGAACUUGACCACAUAUCUUUAUAAAAUAAAGAGCAAAGAACAGCAGUAAAAGCUUUUCAUGAUAGA